CAUUAAGAGGCCCAAACACACAAUCAGACAAAGAAACAUUCCUUGGAUUUCACAUCUAUUUACGGUUUUGUCAUAUGAUGAGCACGGCGGCGACAACGGAGGCAAAGAUGGCGACCGAGCCACCGAAGAUAGUGUGGAACGAAGGGAAACGGCGAUUCGAGACGGAGGAUCACGAAGCUUUCAUAGAAUACAAGAUGAGAAACAACGGUAAAGUGAUGGAUCUGGUUCAUACUUACGUUCCUUCCUCCAAACGAGGAUUAGGUUUAGCUUCUCAUCUCUGCGUCGCCGCUUUCGAACACGCCUCUUCUCACUCCAUCUCCGUCAUCCCUUCCUGCUCCUAUGUUUCGGAAACGUUUCUUCCUCGAAACCCGUCAUGGAAGCCUCUGGUUCAUUCAGAGGUAUUCAAGUCUAGCAUCUGAAUAACACACUUGUUUCUCGUUGUGCUCUACUGCUCUGUAAUAAUAAGUAACGUCUCUAAAAUUGUCUUAUAUGACUAACAAUCGUUUGAUGAUUGUAAUCAAAAUCAGAAUUGAGUGAAUCUUAUGAAUCCUACUGCUUUUGAUUACU